GGAGCCUGACACAGACACAGACACAGAGAGAGAGAGAGAGAGCAACAGGGAAAUGCAGCCAGAGCCACAGCUUCUGUUCAUGGUUCUCCUGGUAUCAGGGCUUGGCCAUACACAGAGGAUAAAGAGAGAUGAAACUCCUCACUGCUGGAACCCUGAGGAAAUGGAGAGCCAGGUCAAGGGGCUGCAGAAGCUCCUGGGCAGGGCCAGAAUGAACCAGCUGCCCUCAGUGACCCUGGUUAAAGAGUUGGAGCAGCAGAAACCCCAGGGGAAGAAAGGCUGCCCCGAUCUCCGGCAAUAUUCCACACACAGCAGAGACAUCAGUCACCGCUCCAUCUCACCUUGGGCAUACAGGAUCGAUUACGAUGAGAAUCGAUAUCCUCCAAAAUUGGCCUUGGCUGAUUGUCUCUGUGAUGGUUGUAUUGAUGCGGAGAAUGGGGAAGAGAUGCUGUGGUUAAAUUCAGUGCCUGUGGAACAGACGAUGUUGGUUCUGCAGCGUCAGACCUGCCCUGGGCAUCCUGGCAUGUAUAGUUUCCAUCUGAAAUACAUCAAGGUGCCCGUGGGCUGUACAUGUGUCCUGCCCAAAAACAGCUGGUGAGCUCCUAUGGAGCUGAUGAUAGUGCCCUCUGAGAGGGACGUUCUCACUGACCCAGCAUUGUGUUUUCUGUGAAAUGCUCUCUGCUCAAUAUUAUCAUCAGCAAAACCAGCCACCCAGAGACAGCCUGCUUCAGGUCCCAGAUAUCACAGUGACUGCGGGUAGGAGCAUGGGGCUUGUUAGACUGAGUCUGAGGGGUGGGGUUGGACUGUACAGAGGGAGUUAGACUGGACUGUGGAGGGGGAGUGGUUAGACUGGACUGAGGCUGUUAGACUGGACUGAGGGAGUUUACACAAACUGAACGGGGGUUAGACUGGA